AUGGAUUCAUCUCUGCUUUGGGCUCGUUCAGGGCCUCCGCCAUAUCCAGAUGUGACAAAGAUCCCCACGCCGCCUCUUCAGGAGAAGGGUCUUGUGGUAAUGUUUCUUUUCCCAUCUCUGGCCAUCAUUAUCGUGGGUAUGCGGAUGUAUAUCCGUGUGACCAUGCGGCUGGUUGGCCUUGAUGAUUACCUCGUGUUGGCUGCUCUCCUUUUUGCUUUGUUGAUGGUUGGACCUCUUUUCAUGUUUAUGAAGCUCAACUACUGGGGAUGGCACAAAAAAGACGUCCCCGACUUCGACCCAAGGGCCGGAUACUGGUGGAACUUUCUCGUUCAGAUGUUCUAUAACCCAGUCCUCGCCCUCGUCAAAGCCUCGAUCCUCGUUUUCCUCCUUCGUCUCGGUGGUCACAAGCGGUCGGUGCGACAUGCGAUUCACGCCCUGAACAUCUUCAACGUGCUCCAUGCCGUCGCCAUCUUCUUCACGGCUCUGUUUCAGUGCAUCCCGCUGGCGGCAAAUUGGGAUUUCUCGCUACGAGAGGACCCUGAUACGAAGUGCAUUCACAAUUCGUUUCACGUUAUUGCGUCUUGCAUCACGAUUCUUACCGACUUCUUGGUGCUUGCGCUGCCAUUUUGGAUCUUCCUGGGCCUCACGAUGCCCUGGGCAGCGAAAUUUGCGGUUAUUGGAGUUUUUGUUAUGGGUUCUGUUGUGGCCAUCGUCGGUAUCAUCCGUGUUGUGGGCAUUUACGACCUCCUCCUUAGAACUCACGGCCCCGAAGAAGAUACAACCUACAGUAUCUCACCCGUAUGGUCCAUCGUCGAAACGAACCUUGCCAUUAUCUGUGCCUCGAUACCUGCCCUCCGGGGUCUCUUCCGACGAUGGUUCCCCAAGCUAUUCGGUGGAAGUUCGAAAAAGACAACUAGCGCUCCUUACGGAAACACAUAUGGCAGUUCCACUCGGGGAACCAAUGGAAUGCGGUCUGUUAAUUACGAUGGACCCGGCGACAUUCGGUUGAAGGACCUUCGGGGGUCGCGAGCCCAUCAUACUGAGAUCCGGAGCGUAUCACCGAACGGAUCUGAAGAGGAGAUCAUGACGUACAAUGGCAUCAUGCGAACAACAAAUGUGGAUGUGGCUUAUGAGAGUCCUUCUAAGCAUAGUGUGUCGGAACCUCGGACAUCAAGCGAGUUGAAAUUUGAGAGCAAGGAACCCGAGGUUAGGCUGGGAGUUUGA